UUGCAUCAGUGUUUAGGCGGUGGUCAUGCAGGGUGCGAAGGAGCUGCAGCGGCGGCUAGAUGUGGUGCCAGAACGAUACUUCUCACCCAUAACAGGAAUACGAUAGGAGAAAUGAGUUGCAAUCCGAGUUUUGGCGGAAUUGGGAAGGGCCAUCUAAUUCGUGAGGUGGAUGCUCUAGAUGGUUUAUGCGGUCGCAUCUGUGAUCAGUCUGCUAUCACUUAUCAGGCAUUAAACUCCGGACAAGGCCCUGCUGUUCUUGGACUUCGUGCACAAAUCGACCGCACCCUUUAUAAGGCUCAUAUGCAAAAGGAGAUUUCCAAUACCGAAAACCUUGAAGUUGUCGAAGGUGGUGUGCAAAUGCUAACUGUUGAAAAUGGCAACGAGAGACGAGUCACUGGUGUAAUCUUGGAGAAUGGCAGGAAGCUGGAGGCAAAAACCGUUGUGAUAGCAACGGGAACAUUUCUAGGAGGAGAGAUAUUUUUAGGCAAAGAUAGAUGGCCUGCUGGAAGGAUCGGUGAAAAGAGUGCUAUGGGCUUGUCGCAAUCAUUCAGAGAAUUAGGUUUCCGCCUUGCACGUCUUCGAACUGGAACUCCUCCUCGUCUGUUGAAGGAUACCAUCGAUUUCACUCAAUUUGAGAUAAUGCCUCCGGAUCAUGUUCCAAUACCAUUUUCAUUUAUGACGGACCAGGUUUGGCUACCUCCUGACAAACAGCUUCCUACAUAUAUCGGCUAUACGAACGAUCUUGUGCGUGAGAUAGUCGAGGAAAACUUGGAGGAAAUGAACACAUUAAAGCUGAUGCGAGCGGUCCUCCUGUUCCUCGAGCAUGAAGGAUUGAACUCCGAGUUGAUCUAUCCGCAAGGAAUGUCCAUGACUUUUCCGCCCGAUAUUCAGCUUAAGAUAAUGAGGGCUAUCAAAGGAUUGGAGAAGGUGGAGAUCGCUCAACACGGUUACGGAGUGCAAUACGAUUUUGUAGAUCCCAAGCAGUUGUUACCAACACUGGAAACAAAGUCAGUGAAAGGCCUCUUUCUUGCCGGUCAGAUUAAUGGAACGACAGGAUAUGAAGAAGCGGCAGCACAAGGUGUGGUGGCCGGCAUCAAUGCAGCAGCUCGUGUUCGAGGAGAAGAUGGAAUGAUCAUUCGUCGUAGCCAAGGAUACAUUGGUGUGCUGAUUGAUGACCUUACAAGUUUGGGCACAAAUGAGCCAUAUCGAAUGUUCACGUCACGAGCGGAACACCGGUUACAUCUGAGGUUAGCUAUGCUAUUAACCAAGAUGUAA